UGAAAAAGAGUUUAGGGCUAUAUCUAGAGACUAGAUCGAUCGACGAACUACUGCCCUUUACAGCUUCUCACAAAACAUUACGAAUACGUUACUCGUAAAAGAAAUACAUUGACGACGUUUCUGUUCUGUUAAUUGCUUAGUUUCAGAAUUCAUUCAUUCUAGGGUAGGGUAGGGUUUUGCUGUCAAAGCUGGUGGCGGUGGCGGUGGCGGCGGGGUAGUCGUCGUCGUCAAUGGUUUCCUCUCCGGCUCCGGCAGAGGCUGCCGUUGACCUGAAUCUGAGUGUUAAUCUUAACGAUUCAGAUUCAAAUUCAGUUUCAGAUUCAGGAGUUAUGAGGAGGAGCAAUUUAUUAUCAUUAUUAUGUUGGUGCGAGGAUGCAUUGUUUAAUGUUUUGUGUAGAUUAUCACAAAGGGAUUUGGUAAAGUGCAAGAUGGUGUCCAAGUCCUGGCAAUGGCACCGAAUAAUCUCCCGUGUGUGGCUGCAGAUGUUUUGGCCGCGGUCUCCUACCUUGGGUCUUUUCUACCGUACGAUCCACUCUUGCGACGGUAUGUAUCAGUUACUCUCCUUGGUCUAUUUAUAUGAUUAUCCCUUCUUCAAGUCCCCCGAAUCGUCGUUACCGCAUGUGGAUUGGGGCGGUAAACUGUGUCGGUGGCAGAGACGUGACUUCUCUGACAAUCUCAGGGACUCUUGUAAUGGGUUACUUCUGUUGUUCAACCCAACAACUUACCAGUUUUGUGUGAGCAACCCCAUCACUAAGCAACACGCCUCCAUCCCUCUUCCUGUAGUGGAAGCCGAGGAGGCCGAUUUCUGUGCUGCCUUGGCUUAUGACCCUGUCGAGUCAGAUCACUACAGAGUUGUUCGAAUUGAUUAUUUCCAUUCCCAGCAACAACCAACCUCCAUAACCACAACCACCCCAAUGGACAUUUUCUCGUCGCAUUCUAGACAGUGGGUUCGACAUGGGUUGCGACUUGACCCCGCUUUUGUUGAGGGCUUCAAAAGGUUCAAACUUUGCAGGAAAUUUUUCUACUUGCGUGGGGUGUUAUACAGCUUAGCUACCUCAGGGAAACUUUUGUGUAUUGAUCUCAAUACUGUCGAAGCUCGUGCCUUUCAACUCCCUCCUCGUCCUGUCCUUGAGGAGGAGGACCAUGACGAUGAUGAUAAAACAAUGGUGGGAUGUCUUCUUGGGGUGUCAAUGGACCUUGUCUGUUAUGUAAACCGUGAUGCUUCAGAUAAUUUUUAUUUUUGGUCUUAUGAUGAUCGACCAGGAUGUGAAUCUGGUGAUAGAUGGACUCUCAGAUAUAGUGUGUGUGGCAUGGCGUUAAGAAUGAAAGUGCUUUUCGCUUCGGAUGGCAAGUACAAUCAACGUCAUGAUACUCUGGUACCGUUUGCAAUAAGUCCAAAUUCUCAUGUGCUGUUCUUUGGCACUCGAAAGCUGAUCUUUCGCUAUGACUUAGAAAGUAGAAGAAAGCUGAAACUGCUUCAAGAGACACGGUUGAACAUAGCUGUACCGGGAUAUCACUUUCCUUGCUUCACGCUCCGUGCUUGCUUGAUGCCUUUCUAUGGUCUGGAUCAUGCUCAGAAGAGUGUUGGCUCUCCAUUUCCAGCAGCACAAGAAGUUUCCAAGGGAGCAAAGAUUUUGAGUGAGGAAAUAGCUUGCCAGUGUGAUACAGAAAAAGACUCCUGGAUUGGGCAUGUGGACUCUUACUUUGUAUAUAAAGACAGAAGACCCUUUUUGUAUCCUAGCGAAAUGCAGUUAUGUGCGGGGAUGGAGGAGAUGGAAUUACCCAAACCACAACAACAGGUCGUUGUUCAUUGAGAAAGACUGAUGACUGAUGACAACACAACAUUGACAGUGGAAAUGCCACUUAGUACUACGGUGUAAUGGUAUUCCUCUUCAUUUGUAAGUCAGAGGUCUCUUAGGUUCGAAUCUCGCCAAAUGCGAGUU